GAGAAGAGUGUCGAAUUUGGUCAACUAAAAAUGGAAUUCGCUACGUGAGGCUUAUUUGAUCGAUUAUUCGUUUCGUAAUGUUUAUGUUGUUACACAUUCUGAUAUAGGUGGGUGCACGUGGCCUUCCAGUAACUUUGAGAAAAACGAUUUUAUAUCAGUUGUGUCCGUCGUUCACACGCGAAUCUGCCCUCUCAUUGGCUAGAAUGUUCCCACCUGAUCGCGCCUCCCUUCUACCUUUGCGGACAUGUAAUUCCAUUGUUAGAGCGGUCAGUCGACUAUCUUGUCAAUAUAGAUAAUAUUUGAUUUAAUACAUGUCUUGACUCCCUCCUCUUUAUGUGCUGCGCCAUUUCGUGCAGGGUGUAACCCGUUUCUUAUAGCUACAAGAAGUCUACAUCAGCACUAUAUUGACAGAUUUUGCUGAAAUAUAAGUCAUUUUAACCUUUAAGCUCCUGUCUGUCCCCCACCACCAGCAGCCUGAUGGCCAGCAACGUGACCAACAAGACGGACCCGCGCUCGCUCAACUCGCGGGUCUUUAUCGGGAACCUCAACACACUCCUGGUCACCAAGGCAGACGUGGAGGAAAUCUUCAGCAAGUAUGGCAAGAUCGUGGGCUGUUCUGUGCACAAGGGCUUUGCCUUCGUCCAGUUCGCCAACGAGAGAUGUGCCCGGGCCGCUGUAGGGGCCGAGGAUGGACGCAUGAUCGUGGGACAGGUGCUGGACAUUAACUUGGCUGGAGAACCCAAACCCCACAGGUCAAAGACCGCAAAGCGCUCGGCGGGAGACAUGUACAGGUCUGAUUCAAUUAGUCCCACAUUUGAUCUGGACUAUGACUUCCAGAGAGAUUACUAUGACCGAGUGUACUCGUACCCAUCCCGUGUGCCCCCUCCUCCUCCACCCUUGUCCCGAGCAGUGAUCCCGUCCAAGCGCCCGCGGGUCAGCAUGACUGGAGGGGGCAGCCGCCGCACCAAGGCCAGUUUCUCCUCUUCCUCCAAGAGCAGCCAGAGGGCAUCCUCAAGAACAAUGAAAACAGAUGACCUGCAGACCAUCAAGAAGGAGCUGACAAUGAUUAAACACAAAGUAGACUACCUGCUGGAGAGCCUAGACCGCAUGGAGAAGGACCACAGCAAGAAGUCAGAUGAGAAGGGUGCAAAGCCUGAGCCUGGAGAGGUUUCCUCACAGCAGCACUGCAGCAACAAGGAGGAGAGCAUCAAGAGGGAGAGGGAGGAUCUCAACGACUCUGAGGAGGGGGAUCUGCUAGAAGAGGAGGAGGUGAAGAGUCAACAAAGAGAGGAGGAGGAGGAUGAUGAAGAGGAGGAAGGAGAGCAUGUGGAUGGAGACGACGAUGGUGACAGUGUCAACGGAGAUGAGGACUCUUAGACCACACGCAGACUGAUGCACACUUGUACAGACAACACAUCCACAUGGCUUCCAGUGGCUCCUCCGACUCCUAUUUUAAUACCCGCACUACUACGAAACGUGAGAAAACGUCAAUGCACACACUCAGAGAACACCUGCCCCCACUACCACCCUUCCAUUGUCCCACAGGUCUUUUAUUUUUCUUGAUGCAAUUCAGUUUAUCCCUGUUUCAUCCCACUCCUAUCAUUGUGUUAUUCAUUUAGUAUUGUCUUGCAGCCAGGUACAUUGAAACUAGAUGUAGAGAGAGAGCGGUAUGAAGUGAUUUGCUGUGCUGCUGUUCCUCUUUUGACCAGCAGAGAGCAGAAAUGACUGUUCUCUGACCUGAGCCACAAGUCAAACCACCACAUUGGCUUUACUAGCAUUGGUAAUCAAGCGAUGACGACAACUUUAAAGAUUGAGUGAAUGUUUAAAGAAAAAUCUUCUUCUUUUUUUAAAUUGCCCACUUCAGUUUGUAUGUUCCUGAUUUUCAUGUCAUUAUUCUUUUAUACUACUUGGUCUAAGUUGUACUGUAAUAAUAAAUUGCAAUUAAAUACUCAAA